AUGCCCUCUAACGAACAGACCUUUCUUAACUACCCUCCACCGCGUGAGGGUCCCUCAGUACCCUACAACAAUGAAGAACAGGUGAUCCCGGCCUUUCGCGGCAGGACCUUGGCCAUCGGCGCUACAUUAAUCCAUAACAUCGGGUUUAUUCAAAGCCAUUUCUGGCGCAAUGCCGGUUUCGGCGUCAUUCGGGAAAUCCCCGAACUGGGCCAGUACCCAGGCCGCUACGAUCCAACUGUGAUUCCAGUCGAUAAUGCCAGCAAUGUUGAACUAGCGGCGAAAGCAGUGUCUGGUAAUGUGGAGCGUAGGAAGGGAAGUCGUGGAUAUUAUACUUCCGCAGACUAUCACGCGCUCUAUACGUCGGGGGAGCUGACCCCAACAGCUGUCAUUGAGACUCUAUUGCCUUUCGUCCGACGUGACACCCAGCCACCUGGGAAGCACUCAAUUGCUUUCUUCGAGUCUCAGUCUGAUCUGAUUCUUGCAGCGGCAGAAGCAUCUACAGAGCGAUAUAAGAAGGGCCAGUCUUUAGGUCCACUCGACGGUGUGCCGGUUGCAGUGAAGGAUGAGGUGCAUCUCACAGGGUAUAAACGUACGCUAGGAUCGAAGCUGGAUUUCAAGCACGGUAUUGAUGCAACCUCAUGGUGCGUGAGGCAAUGGCUGGAUGCCGGAGCCAUUAUCAUUGGAAAAACAUCGAUGCACGAGAUUGGAUUGGAUACAAAUAACAACAAUCCCAAUUAUGGAACACCCAGAAACCCCCAUAAUAAGGAGUAUUAUUGCGGCGGGUCCUCUGGUGGCUCUGGAUAUGCUGUCGGGGCAGGACUUGUUCCCAUUGCACUUGGCGCAGACGGCGGGGGCUCAAUUCGCAUUCCGUCCUCCUUCUGUGGUAUUUGGGGCCUAAAGCCUUCACAUGGCCGUAUAUCCGGUGCGCCAUCUCAGAGUCUCGCGCCUACUGUUGGUGUGCUCGGACCCAUGGCUGCUAGCAUCGAUGACCUUGCUCUCGCCUAUCGCGUCAUGGCUACCCCAGCGCCAGCUUUAGAAGACCCGAUCUCAUCUCAGUUCCCCUAUCCUACGCCCUAUCAGCCUAACUCCACGAGACCUAAGACUAUUGGUAUCGUUCGCGACUGGGUAAACCGCGCCGAGAAGCCGGUGCGCGCUGUGCUUGACCGGGCACUGGACUAUUACCGCGAACAAGGCUACAUCAUUAUCGAUAUUACAAUCCCUUAUCUUACGGAGGGCCAGCGCGCCCACGCUCUGACCAUCAUGGCGGAGAUCGCAUCUGGCGUUGAUGCGAGCAAGAUCCGACAUCUUACGGCCCCGAACAAGGUGCUCGUCUCGAUGGGCAUGUACCAAAUCACUGCACAGGACUUGCUCGCUUCACAGCGGCUCCGGAAUCUCCUUAUGACGCACCUAUCUCAUCUUUUCAAGGCACAUCCUGGGCUAAUUAUCCUUUCCCCCACGACACCUAUCCCUGGAUGGCGUAUUGAUGGGGGUGAGGCAGAUUUGUCUCAUGGUUUGUCGGAUGGCAAGUACUCUGUUCGUAAUAUGGAAUAUGUCUGGCUGGCCAACUUUGCGGGUUGUCCUGCUAUCAGUUGCCCUGCCGGAUACGCUCCUGAUAGCGGUGUACCUAUCGGUCUGAUGGCUAUGGGCGAAUGGGGCGCCGAGGAAGAGUUGUUUGCCUUUGCCCGGGAUGGAGAGGCUAUCUUGGACUUGCCUGAUGGAAGUGCUUCUGAGGAUGGAGCUGCUUCGGCAGUUCAGGGUCUGCGGACUCCUGCUGAUGACCUCUGUGUCUGGGAGGAUGUUAUUGCGCAGGCUAAGGACAAGUUAUCUGGAUAA